GCUGAGAAGGGAAGGACAGAGAUGUGAGCCUAGUACCCUUCACAAUACAUUAGCAAAUUCUGAAGCUACAAAACACAAGAGACCAGAAAGCCAAGUAGAAAGCUAUGAAAAACUGUUUUUAGGAGGCUAGUAUUAGAGUUCAAGACCCAGCAUUGAGGACAAGAGGCUUUUGGUGACUGUCUGGGGAUUUCAUUUGGAAAGUCUGGAGAUUUGUGCCUUUUAAGAAGGGACAAAACUAAGGGUAAGUGAACUCUGGGUCUAGGAAUGGCAAGACCAGCAAGAAGACCACCAUUGCCAACUGUAGCCUUUACACAAUGGCAUAGCAGCCCAAAUUCAGUCAGCUAUUGAAUUAAGUUUAUUGUCUACUUGCCAAGCUAAGGAAUGUAUGAAUGCUCUCUUUAGAAGAUAACAUCAUAUGGAGCCUCUACAACUUCUUAGACACAAUGUCAAGCUUUUAGUAAAAUUAUACUAGACAUUCAAGAGGUGGGACUGAAAACCAAGAGAAAGAGCAGACAAUAGAAAUAUACCCACACAUGAUUCAGGCAGUGGAGUUAAGACCAGGACUUGAAAUAACAAUGAUAAUGUGUUCAAGAAAAUAGAAGACAGGGAGAAAAUAAAUAAAAGAGAAAUUUCCCCCCAGAUAAUUGGAACUUGUGGGGGAUAAAAAGAAUCAAAUGGAUAUUCUAGAGCUGAGAAUUGCAAUAACUGAAAUUAAGAACUCAAUUGAUGGGUAUAAAAUCAAAUUAGACAAUGGCAAGCCCAAAAAUAAACCCUCAUAUAUAUAAUCAAAUAAUUUUCCACAAGGGUUCCAAGACCAUUCAAUGGGGAAAAGAUGGUCUCUUCAACAAGUGGUGUUAGGAAAACUGUAUAUUCAUAUGCAAAAGAAUGAAGUUGGACCCUUAUAUCAUAUGCAAAAGUUAACUCAAAAUGGUCCAAAGACCUAAGUGUAAGACCUAAAACUGUACAACUCUUGGAAGAAAACAGGAAAAAAGCAUUAAGACAAUAUAUGUAUUUCUUGGAUAUGACACCAAAAGCACAGGCAACAAAUGUAAAAAUAGACAAAUUGGACCAUAUUAAAGUUUAAAACUUCUGGGCAUCAGAGGACACAAUUAACAGAGUGAAAAGACAGCCUACAGACUAGGAGAAAAUAUUUGCAAGUCGUACAUCUAAUAAAAGGUUAAUAUUCCAAAUUAUAUAAACAAUUUGUACAAAUUAAAAACAAAAUCACCCAAUUAAAAAAGAUACAAAGGACUUGAAUAGUCAUUUCUCCAAAGAUGAUAUACAAACAGCCAACAAGCAUAUGCAAAUAUGCUCAAUACCGCAAAUCAUCAGGAAAAUGCAAAUCAAACCACAAUGAGAUAUCACGUCACACCAAUUAGGAUGGCCACUAUUAAAAACAUAAAAUUAAUAAGCAUUGGCAAGGAUGUAGAAAUUGGAAUGCCUAUGCACUGUUGGUGGGAAUAUAAAAUGAUGCAGCUGGCUUUGCAGACACUGCUGUCCCCCAACACCCCCUGUCACUAGGCCAUGGUCAUCCCAACUGUGCCCUUCAACAUCACCAUCAACAGCAAGCCCUUAGGACACAUCUCCUUUCAGCUAUUUGCAGACAAAUUUCCAAAGACAGGAGAAAACUUUCACACUCUGAACAAUAAAGACAAAGGAUUUGGUUCCUGCUUUCACAGAAUUAUUCCAGAGUUUAUAUGCCAGGGUGAUGACUUCAUACCCCAUAAUGGCAUUGGUGGCAAAUCCAUCUACGGGGAUAAAUUUGAUGAUAAGAACUUUAUUGUGAAGCAUACAGGUCUUGGCAUCUUGUCCAUGGCAAAUGCUGGACCCAAAACAAAUGGUUCCCAGUUUUUCAUCUGCACUGCUGUGGCCAACUGGUGGGAUGGCAAGCAUGUGAUCUUUGGCAAGGUGAAAGAGGGCAUGAAUAUUGUGGAAGCCAUGGAAUGCUUUGGGUCCAGGAAUGGCAAGACAAGCAAGAUCGCCAUUGCCAACUGCACACAACGCUAAUAAAUUUGACUUGUGUUUUAUCUUAACCACCAGACCUUUCCUUUUGUAGCUCAGGAGAGCACCGUUCCACCCCAUUAGCUCACAAUAUCCUAUAACAUUUGUGCUCUCACUGCAGUUCUUUGAGUUCUAUAUUUUCAUUAUAUCCCUCCACAUAUAGCUGGAUUGCAGAGUUAAGUUUAUGAUUAUGAAAUAAAAACUAACAAAAAAAAUGAUGCAGCCACUAUGGAAAACAGUAUCACAGUUUCUCAAAUAAUUAAACAUUGAAUUACUAUAUGAUUCAGCAGUUCCACUCCUGGAUAUAUAUCCAAAAGAAUUGAAAGCAGGAUUCCAAAGAAAUAUUUGCACAUCCAUUUUCAUAGCCAUACCAUUCACAGUAGCCAAGAGGUGGAAGCCAUCUGUGUGCCCAUCCACAGAUGAAUGGAUAAACAAAAUAUGGGAUGUACAUACUAUGAAUACAGCCUUAAAAAGGAAGGAAAUUCCAACACAUGCUACAACAUGGAAGAAUCUUGAGGAAUUAUAGUAAGUGAAAUAAGCCAGUCACAAAAAGGCAAAUACUGAAUGAUUCCACUUAUGUGAGGUAUCUAGAGUAGUCAUAUUCAUAGAGACAGAAAAUAGAAUGAUUGUUGCCAGCAACUGAGAGGAAGGGGGUGUGAAAAGUUGUUUAAUGGAUACUGAGUUUCAGUUUUCCCAGAUGAAGAAGUUCUGAAGGUUGGUUACAUGAUGUGAAUAUACUAAACACUACUGAACUGUGUACUUAGAAUGGUUAAGAUAAAUUUUAUGAGUUUUCACUACAAUAACAAGUAGAACAGUAGAACAGAUGAUUAGUCACAGCGGAAAAGAUGAAAGAUAGGUCAAAACAGGUUAUUAGAAAAUAUCCAAACUGAAGAUGAAGAAGAAAAUCAUUUUUAGUAGAAAAUAUCCAAACUGAUAUAUAAAGAUAUAAAGGAAUUUGUGGAGGCAGAGGGGAGAUAAGGGAAUAAAGGACAUGUGGGACACAUCCAAAAACGAAAAAAUCCAACAUACAGAAUCCCAGGAGAAGAGGAGAGAGAACAAGGCGGGAGCAAUGUUUGAAGAGGUAAUGGCUCAGAAUUUAUUUCCUAAGAAUUAUGAAAGACAUUAUUUCACAGACUCAAGAAAGUGUGUGAUCCACAGAUAUAAAUACAAAGAAGCCUUACUAGAAUAUCAUAGCAAAUUGCCGAAAACAAAAGACAGAGAAUAGAAUCUUAAAAGAUAGAGAAAAGAACUCACUUUCAAAUGUCCAAGACUGACAGCUGACUUCUCAGCAGGAGCAAUGGAACCAGAAGACAACAGAGUGACAUUUCAAUUGCUGGAAGAAAACAGCACCAACCUAGACCUCUGUACCCUGCAAAUAUCCUUUAAAAAUGAAGCAAAUAAAGUAAUCAUUAUGUGUGUUAUUGGCAAAAUGAUAAACCAAUAGAACAGUGAAACAGAAGAGAGAGGCCAAGAAUAAACCCUUACAUAGAUGGUCAAGUGAUUUUCUCAAAGAGCACCACAGCAUUUGAAUGAAGGAAGUAAAAUCUCUGUAAUAAGUAUGUCUGGAAUGCAUGGAUAUGCAUAUAGAAGAAAAAUCCCAUACCUCACAUCAUCCAGAAAAAUCAACUUGAGAUAAAUUAUAGACAUAAAAGUAAAGGUAAAGCAAUAAAGCUACCAGAGCAAAACAUAAGAUGUUCUCUUUAAGUUCUUGGUGUAGGCAGAGACUUCUUAGAAAACAUGAACUCUACAAGAAAAAAAAAAUUGAUAAGUUGGACUUCAUUAAAAUUUCUCAGCUGGGCAUGGUGGCUGACACCUCCAAUCCCAUCACUUUGGGAGGCCAAGACAGAAGGAUUACUUGAAGCCAGGAGUUCAAGACCAACCAGGGCAACAUAGCAAGACCCCAUCUCUACAAAAAAUUUAAAAAUUAGCCAGCAACACCUGUAAUCCUAGCUACACAGGAGGCUGAGGUGGGGGGAUUGCUUGAGCCCAGGACUUUGAGGAUGUAAUAAGCUAUGAUUGUGCCACUGCACUCCAGCUUAAAAAAAAAUUAAAUAAAAUUUAUCUUCAACAGACACUUAAGAAAAUAGACACAGACUUAAAGAAAAUAUUCACAAUACAUAUAUCUGAUGGACUUGAGUUCAAAAUAUAUGAAGAACUACAAUUUAGUAAUUUUUAAAAAGACAACGCAAUUUUUUAAAGGUGAGUUUUGUGAAUAGACAUUUCACAAAACACGAUAUAUGUGUAGUAAUUACAUUUUAAAAGUACCCAAUGUAUUAGUCAUCUAGAAAUGAAAAAUAAAACCCCAGUGAAAUACCAGUUCAUACCCUGUAGAAGGGCUACAGUGAAAAAGACUGAUAAUGACAAAUGUUGGAGAGGAUGUGGAGCAGCUGGAACCCUCGUAUGUUGCUAGUGGGAGUAGAAAAUAAUAUGAUUAUUUUGGAAAACAGUUUGUCAGUUUAUUAAAAAGUUACAUAUACAUGACCCAGUAAUUUUGCUGCUAGAAAUUUAUCAAAGAGACAUGAAAACAUAUGACCACAAAA